CCCCGUGCCUCCCCCUCCCCGUCCCUCACCCAUUGCUUUUCUCCAGCUCCCGGACCUUUUCCCGCAGCUCCUGGUUCAGGGCCGAGCAGGCGGCUGCUCUGCAGGGACAGGGACAGGGACAGUGAGGGGGACACACCUGACUGCACCAGGGAAUGCCAGGAUAACGGGAAUGCCGGGAUAGCGGCCCCGGCCCCACCUGCUCUCCAGCCCAUCCAGUGACGUCACGAGGAGUACCGCACCGCCAUUGGCUGAUCCCGCAGCGCCGGGCCCGCCCCCCUGAGCGCCCGCGGCUCGGGGGGAUGUGACGGGACCCGCGGUUCCCGCUCGGAGUUUCCCCGGGAUCGGGAUGGACGCGGGGGCCGUGCUCGCCUGGAGCCCCGAGGAGGCCCAGUUGGAGCCCCCGCCCGGACUGGGGGUCAAACUGGGCUCGCUGGUGCCGCUGCUGCUGCUGCCCCUCGCCUGCGGCCUCGCCCCCCUCUGCUGCUUCCGACAGCCCCCCGGUCCGAGGGUCCCCGUCCUGAGCCUCGUGAGCUGCUUUGCCGGGGGUUUCCUGGGCACGUUCCUGCUCGACCUCCUGCCUGACUACCUGGGCAGCAUCUCCGCUGCCCUCGAGGGGCUUCGUGUCACGCUGCAGUUCCCGCUGCCCGAGUUCAUCCUGGCCAUGGGCUUCUUCCUGGUGCUGGUGCUGGAGCAGGUGACGCUGGCGCAGCGGGAGCUGGCGGAGCCGCCGCCCGAGGAGUCGCGGGCGCUGCUGCCCGACGGUUCCAUCCAGAGCCCGGCAGCGCCAGCGCCGGUGCCAGCCCCGGGAGGGGUCCGCGCGGCCGCGCUGGUGCUGGCGCUGGCGCUGCAUGGGGCGCUGGAGGGGCUGGCGCUGGGGCUGCGCCGGGGCGGCGCGGCCGCGCUGCGGGUGCUGCUGGCGCUGCUGCUGCACAAGGGCGCCGUGGCCUUCGGGCUGGCGCUGGAGCUGCUGCGCCUGCGGCUGCGCCCGCCCGCCGUGGCCGCGUGCCUGGCGCUGCUGGCCCUCGUGUGCCCGCUGGGCGUCGGGGCGGGCGCGGCGCUGGCGGCGGGCGCGGGGCCGCGGCAGAGCCUGUGCCGGGCCGUGCUGCAGGGCCUGGCGGGGGGCACCUUCCUCUACGUCACCACGCUCGAGGUGCUGCCCCACGAGCUGGGCCAGCCCGGGCACCGCGUGCCCAAGGUCAUCGUCGUCCUGGCGGGCUUCGCGCUGGUCAGCGCCAUCCUCUUCAUCAGGGGGUGACUCCUCCCGGGAGAGACCCCCCCUGGGAUGGGAAACCCAACCCCUGGGAUGGGAAACCCAACCCCCAGGAUGGGAAACCCAAACCCCAGGAUGGGAAACCCAACCCCCAGGAUGGGAAACCCAAACCCCAGGAUGGGAAAUCCAACCCUUGGGAUGGGAAAUCCAACCCUUGGGAUGGGAAACCCAACCCUUGGGAUGGGAAAUCCAACCCCCGGGAUGGGAAACCCACCCCCCUCGCCUUGGGGACUCCCUCAGAGUGGGAAUCCCCUCCUUGUUUGGGGACCCCCCCCAGGACUUCAUUCCAAUCCCCUCUCCUUGGGAGAUCCCCCCCGGGAAUUCAUUCCCACCGCCUUUCCCAAAGUGCCAAAGUGCCUCGUUUUCCCCCCUCUGCGCCAUCCUCUUCGUCUGGGGGGGGAAGACCCCACACCAAGGGAGGGCCCCACCGGGCUGGAAAACUCCCCCUUCUUUUGCCUUGGAGGACCCCCCUGGGAAUUCAUUCCCACCUCUUUUCCCUGUUUUCCCAAGUGCCAAAGUGCCUUUCCCCCUCUGCACAAGGGGUCGGUGCUGUGCCCCCCCCUCAGGACCUCGGGGAGGGGUUUGAGAGUGUCCCCCCCCCCCAAAACCACAAGUGCCCUUACAGUGGGGGGGGUCCCCAGGCCUCCCCCAACACCCCCCCGGAUUUGCAAGGGGGGGAUUUUUGGAUGAAGCAAAUAAAGGAUUGAACACGAAA